CAAAAAACACGUAAGCACCAUUGCGGUGCAGUGCAGCCUUCUCUGCCCUCCCAAAAACCAAAAAAAUUUCAGUUUCUCCGUCGCUACUAUUCCCGUUCCGAUCACCGGCGGGUUUAUCCAAAAUCCAAAAAAAAACUGGAACUUUUUUUUUGCAGAACUGAUUAGGGUUUAAUUUCUAUUAAUCAAUUAUCAUUAUCGUUAUUAUUAUCGAUUUGUGAAGAACUUUCAAUGGCGCAGAUUCAGGUUCAACAUCAAACUCCGGCACCAGUUCCAGCACCUUCGAACGGCGUCGUACCGAACGUUGCGAAUCAGUUUGUUACGACGUCUUUGUACGUUGGUGAUCUUGAGGUGAAUGUGAAUGAUUCUCAGCUUUACGAUCUGUUUAAUCAGGUUGGACAAGUGGUUUCGGUUAGGGUUUGUAGGGAUUUGGCUACUCGUCGUUCGCUUGGUUAUGGUUAUGUUAAUUUCACUAACCCUCAGGAUGCGGCUAGGGCUUUGGAUGUUCUGAAUUUUACUCCUAUGAACAACAAAUCUAUUAGGGUUAUGUAUUCUCAUCGUGAUCCUAGUAGUCGCAAGAGCGGCACUGCUAAUAUUUUUAUCAAGAAUUUGGAUAAGACAAUUGAUCACAAAGCUUUACAUGACACUUUUUCUUCUUUCGGACAAAUUAUGUCUUGCAAAAUAGCAACUGAUGGUUCUGGUCAGUCUAAAGGCUAUGGUUUUGUCCAAUUUGAGGCUGAGGAUUCUGCUCAGAAUGCAAUUGAUAAGUUAAAUGGAAUGCUGAUCAAUGACAAGCAGGUGUUUGUGGGUCAUUUCCUACGUAAGCAAGAUAGAGAUAACGUUCUCAGUAAGACAAAAUUUAACAAUGUCUAUGUGAAAAACCUAUCAGAGUCAUUUACGGAAGAUGACUUGAAAAAUGAAUUUGGAGCUUAUGGGACCAUUACUAGUGCUGUUUUGAUGAGAGAUGCUGAUGGUAGGUCGAAGUGUUUUGGAUUUGUCAAUUUUGAAAAUGCAGAAGAUGCUGCUAAAGCUGUUGAGGCAUUAAAUGGUAAAAAGGUUGACGACAAGGAAUGGUAUGUUGGUAAAGCCCAGAAAAAAUCUGAACGUGAGCAAGAGCUGAAAGGACGGUUCGAGCAGACUGUAAAGGAAUCUGUAGUAGACAAAUUUCAAGGUCUGAACUUGUAUCUCAAGAACUUGGAUGAUUCCAUUACUGAUGAAAAACUCAAGGAAAUGUUCUCCGAGUUUGGCACAAUUACUUCAUACAAGAUUAUGCGAGACCCAAAUGGAGUCAGCAGAGGAUCUGGCUUUGUUGCAUUUUCAACUCCAGAGGAAGCAUCAAGAGCUCUUGGCGAGAUGAAUGGCAAAAUGAUCGUUAGCAAACCUCUCUAUGUUGCUGUUGCACAGAGAAAGGAAGAUAGAAGAGCAAGAUUGCAGGCACAAUUUUCACAAAUGAGGCCUGUUGCAAUUACACCUUCUGUUGCACCCCGAAUGCCACUCUACCCUCCUGGUACUCCUGGUCUUGGACAGCAAUUUAUGUAUGGUCAAGGACCCCCAGCCAUGAUGCCUCCACAAGCUGGAUUUGGAUAUCAGCAGCAGCUUGUUCCUGGGAUGAGACCUGGUGGUGGUCCUAUGCCAAGCUACUUCGUUCCAAUGGUUCAGCAGGGCCAACAAGGUCAGCGCCCUGGUGGACGUCGAGGAGGUCCUGGUCAACAACCCCCGCAGCAAGUGCCAAUGAUGCAGCAGCAGAUGCUUCCAAGGCAACGUGUUUAUCGCUACCCUCCUGGUCGCAGCAACAUUCAAGAUGCCCCUGUGCAAAACAUUGGUGGAGGAAUGAUGUCCUAUGACAUGGGAGGUUUGCCACUUCGCGAUGUUGUACCACCUAUGCCCAUUCAUGCUUUGGCUACAGCACUUGCGAAUGCUCCCCCUGAACAGCAGAGGACUAUGCUUGGAGAGGCUUUGUAUCCGCUAGUAGAUCAGCUGGAACAUGAUUCAGCAGCUAAGGUUACUGGCAUGCUUCUGGAGAUGGACCAGCCUGAAGUAUUGCAUUUGAUCGAGUCACCAGAUGCUCUCAAGGCUAAAGUUGCUGAAGCCAUGGAGGUGUUGAGAAAUGUUAGUCAACAGCAAGGAAACAGCCCGGCGGAUCAACUAGCCUCACUCUCUCUCAAUGACUCUUAGAUUCUAUUAAUCCGUCUACAUGAAUUCCACACCAUCAUUUCUAUACCCCCCAAACCCCGUUUUUUUUUCUUUUCUUUUCUUUUUCGGUCUUUUAGUUUGAUGAUGUUUGUCGGCACUAAGGAAGUUACUGCAUUCUAUGUACUUGUGUUUUUAUUUAUUUUUUAUUUGGUCAUACUUUAGGAUUACCAACAAUUGGAUUUAUGGAUCUAUCGGUUGUUUA